UCGGUUUCUUUUUCUACAUAGAACCAGCAAUUCGAUCUUGGGAAUUACAUGUCUUCCUUUAAGGUUUAAUUUUAGUACACAUUUAAAUAAAUAGAAGGAAACCCUUUUGGUUGCUUUCUAUACAUUAAAAACAUCAAAGAUCCAUACUUGGGUUUCUUCAAAUUCUUGUCAGCCGACAAAAUCUUCAGGUUUUUUUUGGCUGUUUUUUUAAUAAAAAUCAUUGUCGUUAGGGUUUUUUCUUUUUGUGUUUUUUUUCGAGGUUAUUGUCAAAUAUGUUCACCGAGGAAGAGUUGAAAGACAUGGAAGGAUUGAAAAGAGAGUCGGAUUUCAUUGAGGUCAAGUGUGGGUGCACCAGCAAGAAAUAUGGUGAUACCAUUGGCAAGCUUAGGGUUUUCACCAAUGGCCAAUUUCUGAUAUCUUGUGAAUGCAAUCCAGUUUGUGAUGAAGAGAAAUUGACGCCUUAUGAUUUCGAGAAACAUUCUGGGAAGGAAGGAACCAGGAAAUGGAAGAAUCACAUUUGGGUGAUGAUGCACGGUAAGAAGGUUCCUUUAUGGAGGACUGUUCUUCUGAAGUACUACAAGCAUGCAUCGAACGGAGACAAUGAGCUAACGAGCUUGCGAGCUAAGCGUCUUUUCCAUCGCGAUGAGUUCAUACGUUGCACCAAGUGCAAGAAAGAACGCAGGUUCCGACUCCGGACGGACGACGAAUGCCGUACGUACCAUGAUGCUUUGAAUGCAAAAAAGUGGAGGUGUGCUAACUGGCCAUAUGAGAAAAUCACCUGCAAAGCUGAUGAAGAACGAGCAAGCAGGAAGAGUUGCAGGGGCUGCCCUCGAUCACCUACUUGCAAAGGUUGCACUACCUGUGUCUGUUUCGGCUGCCACAAGUGCCGAUUUAUCGAUUGCAAGUGUCGCACUUGCGUCGACUUCGUCCAAAAUGCAGAGCCUUGACGCUAUAGCAAAGGCACUGAGCAUCAUGGAUCCUUUCUAUGCUUCAAUGUUCUAUCAUUUUCCCAACUGGAAACUGUUCCAAUGUUUGUAGGAUUGGGAAGACUUUGCUGUUUUUCGUUUUCUUUAGAAUAAUUGUUAGCUGAAAACUGGGGACUAACUAAGAAUGGUACCUUCAA